AUGGUAGGGUUUCUUCGUAAGAAAAAAUCGGACCGUGCAGUUCUUUCGGGUGACACGGUACUUGAUCGUAAGGGUAAGGUUGACAACACCAGCCUACUAAAUGGUGAUGGAGAGCCCACGGAGGGCUCGCUUUACGAUAUUAACGGGAAACGCGUGAGCCACACUCAACGCAAUUCGGACGAGGAAAAUCGCCCUAAUCUCGUGAAAAACGCUGGAUACCCACCAGUGCUGGCUACGGGUAUGAAUCCUCCGCAUCAUUCUAGCUACGGCAACCAGCAGCAGCAAUCGGGCGUGUAUGGCUACGGCAACAGUCAGUCUCAGCAUCAGUACGGACAGCAGCCUCAACAGCCAUUCGUACAGCAAACUUUACAACAGCCAUUCGGCCAGCAGCCUCUACAGCAGCAGUACGGUCAGCCUCAACCACAGCCAUUUGGACAGCAGCCAUUGCAGCAGCAGUACGGUCAGUCUCAACCACAGCAAUAUGGACAGCAUCAACCACAGCAAUAUGGACAGCCACAGCAGUCGCAGUACGGCCAGUCUAACGGCUUCGGUCAGCAGCAACAGUACCCUCCCACGACGCUGGGUGGACAGUAUCAGUACCCAGUACGAUACGGCCAGAUGCCUCCUCCGAUGCCAACGGCUGCACCAAAGCGUUCACGGUUCCGUCUUCCUGGUAUGGGCAAGAAGAACUGA